AUGGCGAGUCAUACACUAGAGUCGCCUUUUGCCGCGAAUACGGAUUUUCAAUGGAACCAACAAGCUGGUGUCUGGUUCCAUUCUUGUCCUGGCAAAUCAAUCCUGGGGGUUGUCAUGCUGGAAAGGGGCGCGAAGGAAGCCGAGAAAGGCAACAUCAAGGACAAUAUCGAUGAAUGGUUUGAGAAUGGCCACAUUAUCAGGACUCUGUCCGAAGCGAAGCCAACCUUGUGA